UCUCAGCCACAUGCCGUCUUGGCACCCAGUAUGGCUGCCGAGCAGCUACUAGUGGUUCCAACUCUUCAGGAAACCCUGAAGCUUCUCAAUCUUCAAGAGAUGCUCUAGAAUUCUCCACCUUCAAAGCAGCCCUGAGGAGAUGGCGCCCUGCUCCUGCCAUAGCUCUGUGCUCUACCUCCUCCCCUCCCUGCUGCUCCUCCUCCAGUGCCCUCUGGGGGGUCCCCAGAACAGUUCCAUGUGAUUGCCCCCUCGGACUCCAUUGUGGCCGUACUGGGUGAGGACGUCACACUGUCCUGCUUCCUGGACCCAGUCAUGAGUGCAGAGAACAUGGAGUUGAGGUGGUUCCGGUCCACUAUCUUGGAAUCGGUGUUCAUCUAUCAAGAUCGACAGGAGCGGAGUGAGGAGCUGAUGGCCCAGUAUGCAGGGAGGACCUUGCUUGUGGAAGAAUUACUCAGCAAGGGGGAGGCUGCUGUUCACAUCCACAAGGUCCAGGCUGCUGACAAUGGGCUGUACACCUGCAGCUUUAGAGAUGGAGACUUCUAUGAGCAAGCCAGUUUGGAGUUAGAGGUGGCAGGUGUGGUCUCUGCCCCCCAAGUGCACAUCACGGGGUCAGAGGAGGACGGGGUGCGCGUGGCGUGCACAGCCUCAGGCUGGUUCCCGGAGCCCCAGGUGCAGUGGAGACACCCCCAUGGGGAGCAUUUCCUGGAGUUCUCCAAGGUCUACACCCAGGACACUGAGGGGCUGUUCAGUGUGAAGGCCGCUCUGGUGGUGAGAGACAGCUCUGCGGGGAGCAUGACCUGCUCCAUUCUCAACCCAACCCUGAGCCAGGAGAAAGCCAUGGCCAUUGUCAUACCAGAGCCCUUCUUCCCCCGGGCCUCUCCCUGGAAGCCGGCUUUCCUGGUGAGCCUGCCCUUGCUGCUGCUCCUGCUCCUGGGGGCUGCCUGCUACACCCGGAGAGAACAUUCCACACAUAUGUGGGAGCUGCAGGAACAGAGGAAUUUGCGCCAGGAGAAGGAGCAGGACAGACAGACCAAGGAGGAGGCCCUGAAGGACACAGGCCAGAGGAAGGCAGCUUACCUGGCCGCCUGGAGGAAGGCCCAGCUGUACGCAGAUUGGCGGAAGGAACAGUUCCGGGCCUGGUCUGUCACUCUGGAUCCAAGUCCUUUCCAUUCCAAUAUUGUGCUCUCUCCUGACAAGAAGAGUAUGACCUGCAACCAUGAUGGCAUGAAAAAUGGAUUUUUAGCUUGGGGUCUUGAGGGCAUCACAUCAGGGCGCUGUUACUGGGAAGUGGAGGUCAGGAGUAGGGACAGCAGUGAGUGGGUGCUCGGGGUCUGGAGGGAAGAUGAGAAAACGAGAUAAAAGGCUCCAUCCCCCAUGGAUGGUUUCUGGGUUGUGGGGCUGUUUGAAAAUGUCUUCAAAGCCUUCACUAGCCCUCGUACUUUGCUACCACUUAGGCAGGUUCCCCACAGGGUGGGCGUUUUCCUAGACUAUGCUCAAGGGGACGUCUCCUUCUAUGACAUGACUGAUGGCUCCCACAUCUUCUCCUUCCCUCCUGAGUCCCUUUCUGGGACUCUCUUUCCAUAUUUUGUCUGCUGUUUUGGAGACGUGUCCAUGACCCUCUGCCCCCUGGAGACUGGGCCCCAGAAGCCCUUUGUGCCCAUGGACAAUCCUCCUCUGGAGGAGACUGUGGGUCCCUCAGGGGAGGGGAUCCCCUCAGGCUCUGGUGUGGAUGGGGCUCCCCCAGAGCUUGAAGCCCCCCUCCUCCCCCUGCACCCCUGAGACCGUGUCCCCAUGAGGUGCCUCCCUACCCAAUCCUGGCCUGGGCUCUUCUUGGGGCUGCAGGUUCCCUGUGGACAAACCUGUGAGUGAGUCCCAGAUGCUGGAGUCUCAUCCUCCUGCUCUGGGUGCAGAUUCCUGGGCCAUGGCUGAGAGAACAGUCAGGUCAGGCCUCUGCUGGGGUCACAAAGGAUACAAUAGUCUUACUUUGAAAUGGUUUGGUGUGGGAUUUACUUUUCCAUCAGAAAUACUUUCAUUUGGUAAAGAAAACAUUCCAUGGGUUACUCAUGCUGUUAGAACAAGAAAGGGGAUCAGCUCUGAAUUAUUCUCCUAAAUUCACUGGACUUAACUUUAUCCAAGUUGAGAUUGUGCGGAGGAAACCAGAGGCUGAAGGAGGGUGCCAAGGUCUAUACUGAUGUGUCUGGACUCUGAGCAGAGCAGCAGGGCAGCCGACAUUGUCACGGAAGUGGUGGAUGAUGGACUUUUAGAGGAGCUUAAUAUUCUACGUCAUCUGUGUCUGAGUUUGGAAGGGAAGAAAUACACCUACUUUUCCAGAUGUCAUAAAAUUUCUGUUAUUUGUAAAAACCUUGUGCUGUGUUAAUGUGUGGAAUUCAGGAGAAUCAUUUGGGUUCCCCUUUUUGGUCAACAUCCACUGAAAGGAGAGAACUGCUCCCUGAAUUAAGAUGUGAAUGAAGAAAAUUUUUUGACUCGGGGUGACUUGGGGAGCUGGGACCUGAGCUCCAGGCACCCCUGUGCUAACUCGGUCCUUCCACGUCCUGUGGCAAAGGGUCACGGGAACCACAGCUGCCAGAGGAAGCAGGAUCCUGAGCACCAGACCUGCAGGGAGGAAGGUGUGAUCCUCCCCCAGGGGACACUGACGUGGUGCUGGUGGUAGGAGAAGACGGAGAAGGGGACGUCGUGCAGGAGACAGACGUCAGUCAUGUGUGCUGCCCACUAGAAAACGAGCCGUAUAACAGAUUGUAUAUUUCCUCUUGUGUUGUGUUGUUGUGUGCGUUAAUUUGUAUUUAUUAUUCAUUUUUUUCCUCUCCUUAUCCUAUGUUUUUAUAAACAUUGUUGGAGCUUAUACUUGCAAGAUAGUUUUGGGGUAACAAAAUAGGGAAAAGGAAUGUGACUGAAUUUAAGAAAUAAACAAUAUAGAGUGGUAGCUACAAAGAUGGGGCUGUCGACUCCUAAUUUGGGGGAAAGUAAGCACAUCCUCACUUGUAGAGGGAGUUUUGUCUUGAUAGUUAUAAAUAUGCAGGUGUGUUGUGUGGGUGUCAAAUAUAUGUGAAUUGUGUAUGGAGCUGAGUAGUCAUGGCAUGGACUCUCCCAUCACCAUGUGUUGCUUCCUGGCCCACAUCCCCCACGUGCCCUCCUGUGUGACCUGGAGCUGGAUCCGAGGAGCGUGUCCCUGCAGUGUCAGGAUGAGCCCUGGAGGGGACACUCCAGUCACAGCUGAGGACACGUGUCUCUCCUAGUUGACCUGAUUGAGCUGCUUUUCUUCUGGAUCCUGUGAUGGGAGGUUAGCAUUUUUUUUUUCCCAGCGGUUGUUACUUCCUCAAGUAUUAUUCACAAAAUUUUUCUGUCUAUUGUUAAGAAAACUAUUAAAAACCAACAAAUAAGUGAAAAGUUGGAUGUCAUGACUUUUCAGUGUCAUUUUGGCAUUAUGAAGAUUAUGUUACUAGAAAAAAAUUUACGUAAUUAUCUAGGGAGUGUGUAAGAUUUGACUUGGGUUUUUAUUAUUAGUU